AUACUCGUUAAUACACAAAAAAUUUUUUUUCGUUACAAAAAUUGAACGCUAACAACGCCAGGAAUGAAUCGAUUACAAUACACCGGCAUCAAAGGCUUCGAGAGCGGAACCACGAGACAAAACAAGAACUAUUUUCGUUCCAGGAGAUGGAGGAAGUCAACUUCAAGCUCGCAUUAACAAGUCAACAGUACCACACGUGUGGUGUGAAAAAACUUCAAGUUCCUGGUUUGACUUGUGGCUUAGCAUAGAGUCAAUGUUACCAGGGGCCAUCGAAUGCUGGGCAGACAAUAUUAGGCUUGCCUUUAAUGAAACAUCUCAAAGGAUGGGCAAUGCACCUGGAGUGGAGGUACAAGUUCCAUAUUUUGGUACAACCCAAGGUGUGUCAUAUUUAGAUCCUUCUUUGUAUCACCCAGGAGAGUAUUUUGCUGAAAUGGUGGCUGCUCUCGAAAAGAUUGGAUUUGAGGAAGGUAUAUCACUGCGAGCUGCACCAUUUGACUUCAGAUAUGCACCAAAUUCUGCCCAUGAAUACUUUGCCAACUUGAAAGCUCUAAUUGAAGACACAUACUUGAAAAACAAUAAAACGCAAGUUGUUCUGCUCUCUCACAGCCUGGGAUGUCCUUACACUCAUCACUUUCUCUACAACAUGUCCCAGGAAUGGAAGGACACACACAUAAAGGCUUGGGUGACUAUCGCUGGGGCAUGGGCCGGUUCAGCCAAACUGAUGCGUAUAUAUGCAUCAGGAACCAAUUUAGGUUUUCCAGAUGUUAUUCUUGAGCCACUGAACCUCAGGCCAGUUUUACGAACUUAUGAGAGCUCUGCUUUUUUGAUGCCCAGUAAAGAUUUUUGGUCUGCGGAGGAGGUCAUUGUUGAGACGGCCAAUCUGAACUAUUCAGUAGGAAACUUGGAGAGAUUUUUCCAUGACAUUCAGUAUCCAGAUGCCAUUAACAUAAGUCAACGGGUACCACCUGUGUGGAUCAAUGACCCGCCCAAUGUACCUUUGUAUUGCCUGUAUGGCACAGGAGUACCAACACCUGAAAAGUUUGUUUAUGGAGCAGAUGAGUUUCCUGAUACAUUUCCGAAGACAUUGUUUGGAGAUGGUGAUGGGACUGUUAAUAUUCGCAGCCUUAAGGCUUGUCAGAGCUUUGUUGGAAAACAGAAACAAAAAGUGUUCACAAAGUCAUUUUCAAAUGCAGACCACAUGGGUAUUAUUGGUGACAUAAGGGUGAUUGAAUUUGUGAGGAAUCUCAUCAGUUCAAUGGAUUGAUUGUGCAAAUGGUUUUCUUUUUAUCUGAGAUUUUCUUGCACUGUCAACACAAUCAUGUGCAUGAUCUGUAAAUAUUUUAGUGGAAUAAGUUAUAUCUCUCCAUAAGUACUACACGACAUUUACAAAAUGAUAGCCUAAUUCUGAAAAUAUGUUUUAACACUUCAUAUUUAUUACCUUGAUGAAAUUACCUCUCGGAGUAUCUUUGAAAAGGGGGAGUUAAUAUCCUACAAGAGGUUCUGUAGUACUUUAUAGCAUUCUCAACACAAUCACGUCUUCUAGGUUUUGCAGUGAGAAAAAAUUGGGUGUUGGUUUUCCCAAGUCCUUUUAGAGAACUGUUUGCAGUUGAAACUUUUGUCAAUUUUUUUCAAGUUUCAUGUUAUGUACAAAAUGCAAUAGUGUUCCAGAUUCCGUUUGAGGUAUAGGGAAAUAUUUUAGAAUUAUUGAAUACGACCUAACUUGACAAAAACAGCAGUACUGUUUUACCCAUGGCUUUUUUAGGUUGAUGUAUUUCUUUUGAAAUUAAAUUGAAUUGCGCUCUAUUUAGUGAUAACUACUUUUGAGUAUUUAAUAAUUCUAAAAUUGCUUUUUGACUUUAAAAGACGAAAAAACCUA